UCUUUUCCCCACAUUGGCAGAUAGCUCUGUUAGAGGACACAUAAAUAUCAGUAUUGCAAUCAUAAAAACUGUGUCUUUGGGUGUAGUGCUGACAGUUAUACACCACAAAAUUACAGAAAUCACUGAACAUCCGCCUAUAAUGAUGGUCUGUGCGCCUAAAUCAAGUUUUUAAAAAAGGGGGGCAUUAAAUAAUUUGUGAAUUGUGUCUUAUGUCCAAACAUGUCAGUGCAGCAUGCAGAAGUCGUAGUUAAUAUCAAACAAACCCUCACGGGGUCAGUGCGUCGGCUUCCUCGUGUUUUUACGUCCCGUGCGCCCGGGCGGGGAAGUGAAAAGGUUACAAACAAGAAUGGGGGAAGUUUGUAAAGAGAAGAAGCCGUGGCUUUCUGUGAUUUGGCAAGUCUGCAACGCUUUCAUGUCCUUUUUCUUCGCUCUUGCAACAUAUGUACAAAUCAAUGAUCCAGACGCGGGGUCAUGGAUGGUGGGUUAUGGUGUCCCCGCAGUCCUGUGUGCGGUUAUUGGCUGGAAACCCCAUGUGACCGAGACUUUGCCCUGGAGGCGUGUUGCUGAUCUCCAUGUGAUGAUUUCCAGCGCUGUUGUUGCCAUGUUGGCAUGGAGACUUUAUAAAGAGCGAAUCACAGAGAUCUUGCAACAGGAGGAGGGCAGUUUGUCCCCCUUCAGAGAAUUUUCUGGGCUCAUGUUGACGGCUGUUUGGCUGCUCCUGUGUCGCCACUCUGGAAGGGCUCCAGUCGGGUUGCUCAGAGUCUCCACAGCUGUUGCCAUCACUGUGUUCCCCUUUGUGGCCUGGCUUUACUACUACAUCAACAAGGAGCUGAGAUCCGGCUGGCCUUCACAUUGUAAAACUGCCCUUUAGACAUCAGCGUCUUGCCUCUUUCUUCAUUUUGUUAUGUUCUUUGACUGAAAAUCCUGGACCAAGAAUGCUGCUUAAGUAAACCUUUUGUUGUAUCAUUGAAUAUAAAUAGCUAAAGUGCAUUGAAAUGGUGUCAUUAAAAAAAAAAAAAAGUAUUUCUCAUCCAAUGUUUACCUACAAACUGUGUUCAUCAGUAUUACGAACCCUUUUCAAAUUCAAUGUGUAGUGUUGGAGUUAAGAGAUAUCAGUUAUUGUUCUUUAUAUUAAAGUCUAUUAUAACGAUGAUUUUUGGGAGUCUUAAAGUCCGGACUUCAAUCUUCUGUCAAAUGAAGUACAAUGUAUGAAUAAUGUAAAAUGUAAAAUAUGAAAAAACAAAGUGAAUCAUAA